GCUUUCAAUUUCAAUUCCUCCACACACAGAAACACACGCCAUCCAUCAUCCGUGAUAUUUUAAUAAAAGAGAGAGAGAGAAGGAGAGAGACAAGGAGAAGGAGAAAGAGAGAGAAAGAGAAGAGGGUGUGUUUCUGGGUUUUGAAAUUUUGAGGCCCCAUCAAUCAAAGCCCCAUCAAAUUGUCCAAGCAUUUGAAAGGUGGAAACUUUUGCAUCUGCGAUCGUGUAAUUGGGGUUUUGCGUCAAAAGGGUAUCUAUCAAUCUAUAUUGGGUUUGAUGGCAAAUCUGUACGUGAAGGCGGUGCCACCGGCGGAUCUGAACCGGAACACGGAGUGGUUCACGUACCCUGGCGUCUGGACCACCUACAUCCUCAUCCUUUUCUUUUCUUGGAUCCUCGUUCUCUCCGUCUUCGGUUGCUCCCCUGGCAUCGCAUGGACCAUCGUUAAUCUCGCACAUUUUGCUGUAACAUAUCACUUUUUUCACUGGAAGAAAGGAACUCCAUUUGCAGAGGACCAAGGCAUCUACAAUAGAUUGACAUGGUGGGAGCAGGUAGACAAUGGAAAGCAGCUUACUCGUAACAGGAAGUUUCUAACAGUUGUUCCUUUGGUCCUGUACUUGAUAGCCUCCCACACAACCGACUAUCAGAAUCCAAUGCUCUUCUUCAACACUGUUGCUGUGAUUGUGCUGGUUGUUGCAAAGUUCCCCCACAUGCACAAGGUGAGGAUUUUUGGAAUCAAUGCUGAUAAGUGAAAAGUUGAAAACCUGGUCACCUGCUCAAGAGCCUCUUGUCCUUUUGUUCUGGAAAAAGGUCACACCUUUGUAUAGAAGGCAGAAGUGGAAGGAUACUCAAGUAAUGUUUUGUUGCCAACUGCUUUUUAAGCUGCUUCUAAAGUAUUAUUAAACAAAUAAAUAUGUUGAGUUAUUUCUGUACAGUAGAGAAGUAUAUGUAUCGAAUUAUAACGGUGCUUUUAAAAUGUACCUUUCUUUUCUUGCCUUUUUCCUUUUAUUCAUGCCUCCGAACUGAGAUAUACAAGAAUCAUCCUUUGCAUUGGUAUUCAA